UCCCUAUCUGAAAAACUAAGCUGAACCAUCAUGAUUAUUUAUUACUGUGUGACACAGUGGAGAGGCUAUAUUUUAGUCAUGUAGUAGGCCCCCAAAUUUAUUUUCAUCUUCCAGAAUGCCCAAAAAUAAUAUGACUUUAAACUAGCCUAAAGUGUUUAUUUUUUUUGAAGUUUAAAAUUCUUGUUAUUGAUCUUGUUAAUGACAUGACAGGAAAUAAAUAAGAAAUGUGUUUUUUGGACAAUUUUGAUGACAACGUUGACAAUGUAAUAGAAGUAACAGUGGACCAUAACUCAUAUAAACUAUUAAUAUUUGAUCGAGUAUAACAGUGAGAAGAGAUCUGCUUUCUGAAAAAACUUUAGCAAACUCCCCCCCCCCCUUCGUAGUGUUGACUGCCCUGUAAUUCCAUCAAUCUUAAAGGAUUUACCUUUUUCGGAAUCUAUGAAGUUGUAAUGCUUGCUGUGUGUAUGUCUACAUGAUAGUGGCAAAUAUUAUUUUAACUUGUGAUAAAACAUGUCUUGUUCAUUGUGGAGAACCUUAAGUUAUUUUGCAUUUUUACCUAGUAUGUAUGUGAAAUAAAUGUAACAAAGAAUGAUUAAGUAUGGAAUAAUUGGAUUUAAUAGCCAAAAGAUUUACAAUUUAGUCUCUUCCUCUAAAUAUGGAAAAAGAGUUUGUAUGUGGAGUCAUAGAUGUUUUACAACAUCGCAAAUGAAUAUUUUUGAUCGAAAAACUAAGUUGCAACAAAAACGCAUUGCUGCAAAUUAUCCUGAUCAUCAUCUGUAUGAUUAUUUGAGAGAUGAGGUUGCUGAACGAGUUAUUGAUCGAAUGGCUGAUAUUGCAAGGUUUUUUCCGACAGCGCUAGAUCUAGGUGCAGGAAAAGGAUAUCUUGCCAAUCAUAUUGCUCAAGAUGAAGUUGGAAAACUCUAUCAGUUAGAAUCAUGUAAAGAUAUGUUGGAGCUUCAAAAGGCAAACGAUGUGGAAACUUAUGACAUUGUUGGCAAUGAAGAGAUACUACCAUUUGAAGAAAACUACUUUGACCUGGUAUUGAGUAGUCUGAGCUUGCACUGGAUAAAUGAUUUACCCGGUGUAUUGGCUCAAGUCAAAAAUUGUCUAAAAUCUGAUGGAGUGUUUCUUGGUGCCAUCUUUGGUUCAGACACAUUGUUUGAGUUACGAUGCUCUUUACAAUUAGCUGAAAUCGAACGUGAAGGAGGGUUUGGUCAACAUAUAUCUCCUUUUACUGAAAUGAGAGAUGUUGGUUCACUGUUACAGAGAGCUGGACUUAAUCUCACAACUAUCGAUUACGAUGAGAUCACGAUAGAUUAUCCUUCUAUGUUUGAAUUGAUGCAUGAUCUCAAAGGUAUGGGAGAGAAUAAUGCAGCAUGGAGAAGAAAGCCAGUAUUACACCGCGAUACAAUGAUGGCCGCAGCUUCUAUAUAUAAAGAAAUGUACGGUAACGAUGAUGGCAGUAUUCCCGCCACUUUUCAAGUCUUAUACAUGAUUGGUUGGAAACCUUCAGACAGUCAGGCAAAACCUUUGGAGAGAGGAAGUGGGGCAGUGAAUUUAAAAGAUCUCGACAAAGUUAUAAAAUCGAACAACUGAAGCAAUUUACUUUGCAGUAAGGAAUAAAACUCAUGAGCAAAUAGAUCUUUUUGAAUGUAUACAUUGUUUGCGGUAAGCCUUUUUGGAUUUGACAAUUGUAUGGUAGACAAAAAAAAUGUUUCAGUGAGAAAAAAACAACUGAAAAAGACCUAUUUUCAGGACGUUGGCUGCAGCAUAGUUGUUGAAGCCAAAAGGGCUUACCACGUAAGAUGUAAACAUUUAAAAGUCUCUGCUGACUGGAGAGUUGUAUCAAAUUUUUCAAGUAAAAUUACUCGUGGUAAUGCCAUAAAUUAGUGAUAUCUCAAGAAUUGCAUUACAAUGUAUUUGAAAGACAAAUAACUUUACCCUGUAUAAAUUUUGGUCAGCUGUUAUAGUGAACACAAAUGGCAUAAAAUGUAAAAUAAAAAAGUACUGUAACUAUAUUUUUAAUAAACAACAUACAGCAUAUUCAUACGUGACCGUACUUUAAUAUCAUAUUUUCUAUUUAUACGUGACUCCCCCCACCCCUACGAUAUAUUUCUUUCAAUUUUUAAUGUUGCGAAAAGAGAAGUUAUUUUUUGAUUUUUUUUCUCUAUUCUUUAUCAAAAAGUCUUAAGUUCGUAAUUGAAUAUAGGUUAGUUUUACAGGGUUCAUUUUGUAAAGCGUGAGGUCUGUAGUGGAAGAAAAUAUAAAGUAAAAAAAAAAGUAGUUAGCACUAGAGAAAACUAAAUCAUAUUACUUGGUUGAGAGAAAUCAGUAUUGCGCCUGCAUUAGAAUUCAAGUACCAUAACUAUCGAAUUAAUGGCGGAGUAGUCGUGCAGACAAUGUCGUAUUGGUCAUGUGCCAUGUGACUUGCCGGAAAAGCGAUUUUAAGGAAAGACACACAGCCAUAAAACUGUUGUAAAUAAUUUGAGUUCGGAGAAAUAUAUUAGCUAACAUGA